AUGGAGGCUUAUCCUGCUUCGCGCCACCCGCUACACGCCCGCUUGCACUCUGAAACCACCCUUCGCGCCCCCGCGUCCAAUCACCAAUGGCGGCCCUUAGUUCCGACGUCUCGCUAUCAGCUUCUCCGGCAUUCUGUAUCGCUACGGUGGUCGCGUCUACCCGGUCGGCAGAGCGGGAGCCACGCGCGGAGCCGCGGUCACUUCAGCCGGCUCGUCGCUGCCGCGAGCGGCGAAGACGCGAAUGGAACUGCUGCGAACGAAGCAGAUAAUAUCGGGGAUAAGGGUGCAGGGGCGAGUGCAAAGGCGGAGAGCGCGGAGCUGGCGGACAUCCUGGCGCGCGUGCACGAGGAGAUGGCGGAGGCCACCCGCGCCCAGGCGGACGGGCGCGCGUCGAUCCUGCGGAGCAUGGGGCGCGAGGGCGGCGCGGAGGGCGAGGCGGGCGAGCAGCUGCUGCUGGAGCUGCUGCAGGCGGAGGAGCAACUGCGCAUGCGCGCGCCGGGGGACGCGGAGGAGGCGGAGGAGGACGCAGGGUCUUGGGAAGGAAGCGACGGCGCGCAAGGCGGAAAGGAAUACAGGCUCCCCCCACCCUUCUUCCCACGUCCUACUGGCUCCGCGGCCCUCCCCGCCGCUUCUGCAGCGCCUGCCGCUGCUGGCGGCGAUGGGGAGAGUGAUGAGAGCAGAGGCGCGGGCAUCGAUCGGGGGAGUGAGGGCGCGGGUCAACUCGAGACGCGGCAGGAGCUGGGGGAAGGUGGCGAGGAGGGCGGUAGGGGGACGGGGGAGCAGGAGGUGCCGGAGGGGUCAGUGGUGCGGGAGCAGCUGGCGGGGCGGCCAGAGCUGUGGCGCGGCGUGCACGUGGCGGGGGCAACGUGGGCGGUCGCGGGGGUAGCAGAAGGGGCGGGGGCUGGGCCAGGGCGAGGGGAGAGACCGGGGGAAGGAGGAGCGGGGGCGGCUGGGCCAGGGCAAAGCGGAGGGGGGGAGGCAGGGGCAGGCAUCGGAACGUACCUGCAGGCGCGCGCGCUGCUGUGGAACAUGGCGAAGAGCAUGGAGCAGCUUGACAGCGGGCUGUCCGCCCGCCACAAG